AUGGUUCUGUUAGACUCGUGCUGGUCCCCAUGUAUAUGGACAGACAACUUGAAAUCAGGAUGCAGGGCAAUUGCAUUUUACACAGUUGCAAUGAGCAUUGUUUUGUGCACAUUUAUAGUGUUUGACAUGUGUGGGGGUGAUUCCACACAACUAUACAACCCCUUGUUUGAAGCAGAUGUACGAUACUCGAUGCAAGUGGUUGGUUCACUAUUAAUUAUUUAUUUUAUAUUGCUAUCAGCAUUUGCAAUAUUACUAUGUUUUGGACUUGGUAAAAUGAAUAGAGGCAUGAUGCUCCCGUGGCUUAUUACAUUUGGAAUUGCUUGCUUAUUCCAGCUUAUAUUUGGACUGUGGCUUAUAGGUGGCUACUAUAUUUAUCUUGAUGCUGUUUUAUAUGCAUUCAUAGACUGGGGCUGGAUGGCAUACAAUAUUUAUUGUUGGCUUGUGGUCUACUCACAAUAUCAAGUCUUCACCAAAAUGCAGUCGCCCAAUAUUGAAUUAUUAUGGCCUUAA